CUCACAGGCAUGAACCUCCCAUCUCCUGUGAUCAGCAGCAAGAACUGGCUCCGUCUCCAUUUCACAUCUGACAGCAACCAUCGACGCAAGGGGUUCAAUGCUCAGUUCCAAGUGAAAAAAGCAAUCGAACUGAAGUCCAGGGGAGUCAAGAUGCUACCAAGCAAGGACAGCAGCCACAAGAACUCUGUCUUGACCCAGGGAGGUGUGGCUCUGGUCUCUGACAUGUGUCCAGAUCCUGGAAUUCCAGACAAUGGCAGAAGAGCAGGUUCUGACUUCAGGGUUGGUGCAAAUGUGCAAUUCUCCUGUGAGGACAAUUAUGUGCUCCAAGGGGCCAAGGGCAUCACCUGUCAGAGAGUCACUGAAACCCUUGCAGCAUGGAGUGAUCACCGGCCCAUCUGCCGAGCCAGGACAUGUGGAUCAAACCUGCGUGGGCCGAGUGGUAUCAUCACCUCACCUAACUACCCUGUGCAGUAUGAAGACAAUGCUCACUGCGUGUGGGUCAUCACGACCACGGAUCCAGACAAGGUCAUCAAGCUUGCUUUUGAAGAGUUUGAAUUGGAAAGAGGAUAUGACACCCUGACAGUUGGAGAUGCUGGGAAGGUGGGGGACACCAGAUCUGUUUUAUAUGUGCUCACAGGCUCCAGUGUUCCUGACCUCAUCGUGAGCAUGAGCAAUCAGAUGUGGCUUCACCUGCAGUCAGAUGAUAGCAUCGGCUCACCAGGGUUCAAAGCUGUGUACCAAGAAAUUGAGAAGGGAGGCUGUGGGGACCCUGGCAUCCCAGCCUAUGGGAAGCGGACUGGAAGCAGCUUUCUGCAUGGAGACACGCUCACCUUUGAGUGCCAGGCGGCUUUUGAGCUGGUGGGAGAAAGAGUGAUCACUUGUCAGAAGAACAACCAGUGGUCGGGCAACAAGCCGAGCUGCGUAUUUUCGUGUUUCUUCAACUUCACGGCAUCCUCUGGGAUUAUCCUCUCACCAAACUAUCCUGAGGAAUAUGGCAACAACAUGAACUGUGUCUGGUUGAUUAUAUCUGAGCCCGGGAGCCGAAUUCACCUCAUCUUCAAUGAUUUUGACGUGGAGCCUCAGUUUGACUUCCUUGCUGUCAAAGAUGAUGGAAUUUCUGACAUCACGGUCCUUGGGACUUUCUCUGGCAAUGAGGUGCCUGCACAGCUGGCCAGCAGUGGACACAUAGUACGCCUGGAGUUUCAGUCAGAUCACUCCACAACUGGCAGAGGGUUCAACAUCACCUACACCACAUUUGGUCAGAAUGAGUGCCACGACCCUGGGAUUCCUGUGAAUGGACGGCGUUUUGGAGACAGGUUUCUGCUGGGAAGCUCUGUAUCUUUUCAUUGUGAUGAUGGCUUUGUGAAGACCCAGGGUUCUGAGUCCAUCACCUGCAUUCUGCAAGAUGGGAAUGUGGUCUGGAGCUCAACUGUCCCUCGCUGUGAAGCUCCAUGUGGCGGGCACCUGACAGCUUCUAGUGGGGUCAUCUUACCUCCAGGAUGGCCAGGAUAUUACAAAGAUUCUUUAAAUUGUGAAUGGAUCAUUGAAGCAAAGCCAGGACAUUCCAUCAAAAUAACAUUUGACAGGUUCCAGACAGAAGUCAAUUAUGAUACUCUGGAAGUACGGGACGGGCCAGCCAGUUCAUCCCCACUGAUUGGAGAGUACCAUGGCACCCAGGCACCACAGUUCCUCAUCAGCACAGGCAACUACAUGUACCUGCUCUUCACCACUGACAGCAGCCGGGCUAGUGUUGGCUUCCUCAUCCACUAUGAAAGUGUAACUCUGGAAUCAGACUCCUGCCUGGACCCAGGCAUCCCUGUAAAUGGUCAUCGGCAUGGUAGUAACUUUGGUAUCAGGUCUACAGUAACCUUCAGCUGUGAUCCCGGAUAUACACUAAGUGAUGAUGAGCCUCUCAUCUGUGAGAAGAACCAUCAAUGGAACCAUGCCCUGCCCAGCUGUGAUGCCCUGUGUGGAGGCUACAUCCAUGGAAAGAGUGGGACUGUCCUUUCUCCAGGAUUUCCAGACUUUUAUCCAAACUCUCUGAACUGUACGUGGACCAUCGAAGUCUCUCAUGGCAAGGGAGUGCAGAUGAAUUUCCACACCUUCCAUCUUGAAAGUUCCCACGACUAUUUGCUGAUCACGGAGGAUGGAAGUUUCUCAGAGCCAGUAGCCAGGCUCACUGGGUCAGUCUUGCCUCACACCAUUAAGGCUGGUUUGUUUGGGAACUUCACUGCCCAACUCAGGUUCAUCUCCGACUUCUCCAUCUCCUAUGAAGGCUUCAACAUCACGUUUGCAGAAUAUGACCUGGAGCCCUGUGAUGACCCUGGAGUCCCUGCCUUCAGCCGCAGAAUUGGGUUCCAGUUUGGUGUGGGUGACACGCUGGCUUUCACCUGCUUCCAGGGAUACCGCUUAGAAGGUGCAACCAAGCUUACGUGCCUGGGUGGGGGACGCCGAGUGUGGAGUGCACCUCUGCCAAGGUGUGUGGCUGAAUGUGGAGCAAGUGUCAAAGGAAAUGAAGGAACAUUACUGUCUCCAAAUUUCCCAUCCAAUUAUGAUAAUAACCAUGAGUGUAUCUAUAAAAUAGAAACGGAAGCUGGCAAGGGGAUCCAUCUCAGAGCCCGGACCUUUCAGCUAUUUGAAGGAGACACUUUAAAGGUCUACGAUGGAAAGGACAGCUCCUCAAGGUCACUGGGAGUCUUCACAAAAAGUGACUUGAUGGGGCUGGUGCUGAACAGCACCUCCAACCACCUGAGGCUGGAGUUCAACACCAAUGGGUCAGACACCGCCCAAGGCUUCCAGCUCACCUACACCAGUUUUGACCUAGUGAAAUGUGAGGACCCAGGCAUCCCUAACUAUGGCUACAGGAUUCGAGAUGAUGGUCACUUCACAGACACUGUGGUUCUCUACAGCUGCAACCCAGGAUAUGCAAUGCAUGGCAGCAGUACUCUGACCUGCCUGAGUGGGGACCGGAGGGUGUGGGACAAGCCUAUGCCUUCCUGUGUGGCGGAAUGUGGAGGUCUAAUUCAUGCAGCCACAUCAGGGCGCAUACUGUCUCCUGGCUACCCUGCCCCAUAUGACAACAACCUCCACUGCACUUGGACCAUAGAAGCCGAUCCUGGAAAGACCAUCAGCCUCCACUUCAUCGUGUUUGACACUGAGACAGCUCAUGACAUCCUCAAGGUCUGGGACGGUCCUGUGGACAGCAACAUUCUGCUGAAGGAGUGGAGCGGCUCAGCCCUGCCUGAGGACAUCCACAGCACCUUCAACUCACUCACACUGCAGUUCGACAGUGACUUUUUCAUCAGCAAGUCCGGCUUCUCCAUCCAGUUUUCCACAUCCAUCGCAUCCACCUGCAAUGACCCUGGAAUGCCUCAGAAUGGUACUCGCUAUGGUGACAGCCGGGAACCUGGAGAUACCAUCACCUUCCAGUGUGACCCUGGAUACCAGCUCCAAGGACAAGCCAAGAUCACCUGUGUACAGCUGAACAGCCGCUUCUUCUGGCAGCCAGACCCUCCUUCAUGCAUAGCUGCUUGCGGUGGGAAUCUGACAGGCCCAGCUGGAGUGAUUUUAUCCCCUAACUACCCACAGCCAUAUCCUCCCGGGAAGGAGUGUGAUUGGAGAAUUAAAGUGAACCCGGACUUUGUCAUUGCCUUGAUAUUCAAAAGUUUUAGCAUGGAACCUAGUUACGACUUCCUGCAUAUCUAUGAAGGGGAGGAUUCCAACAGCCCCCUGAUCGGGAGCUUCCAGGGCUCUCAAGCCCCAGAGAGAAUUGAGAGCAGUGGUAACAGCCUCUUCCUGGCAUUCAGGAGCGAUGCUUCAGUUGGCCUGUCAGGGUUUGCUGUUGAAUUUAAAGAGAAGCCCCGGGAAGCUUGCUUUGAUCCUGGGAACAUAAUGAAUGGGACAAGGAUUGGGACUGACUUCAAACUGGGUUCCAUAGUUACCUAUCAAUGUGACUCUGGCUAUAAGAUUGUGGAUCCCUCAUCCAUUGAGUGUGUGACAGGAGCUGAUGGGAAGCCCUCUUGGGACCGGGCACUACCUGCCUGCCAAGCUCCCUGUGGAGGCCAGUACACGGGAUCGGAAGGGGUUGUUUUAUCGCCGAACUACCCUCAUAACUACACAGCUGGUCAGAUAUGUAUCUAUUCCAUCACAGUGCCCAAGGAAUUUGUGGUGUUUGGACAAUUUGCCUACUUCCAGACUGCGCUGAAUGACUUAGCCGAGCUGUUUGAUGGAACCCACCCACAGGCCAGGCUGCUCAGCUCUCUCUCUGGGUCCCAUUCAGGUGAAACACUGCCAUUGGCUACAUCCAAUCAGAUUCUGCUGCGAUUCAGCGCGAAGAGUGGCGCAUCUGCGCGGGGUUUCCACUUCGUCUACCAAGCUGUUCCACGCACCAGUGACACGCAGUGCAGCUCUGUCCCAGAGCCCAGAUAUGGGAGGAGGAUCGGUUCCGAGUUCUCCGCAGGUUCCAUAGUUCGAUUUGAGUGUAACCCGGGUUACCUGCUACAAGGUUCCACGGCCAUCCGCUGCCAGUCUGUGCCAAACGCCUUGGCACAGUGGAACGACACCAUCCCAAGCUGUGUAGUUCCAUGCAGUGGCAAUUUCACUCAGAGGAGAGGGACAAUUCUGUCCCCAGGCUACCCUGAGCCAUAUGGCAACAACUUGAACUGCGUGUGGAAGAUCAUCGUAACGGAGGGCUCAGGGAUCCAGAUUCAAGUGAUCAGCUUCGCCACAGAACAGAACUGGGACUCGCUGGAGAUCCAUGACGGAGGAGACAUGACGGCCCCAAGACUGGGCAGCUUCUCAGGGACCACAGUGCCUGCACUGCUGAACAGCACUUCUAACCAGCUCUGCCUGCACUUCCAGUCAGACAUCAGUGUUGCUGCUGCUGGUUUUCACCUGGAAUACAAAACUGUGGGUCUGGCUGCGUGCCAGGAACCUAUUCUCCCGAGCAAUGGAAUCAAGAUAGGAGACCGGUAUAUGGUGAACGAUGUGCUCUCCUUCCAGUGCGAGCCCGGGUACACCUUGCAGGGCCGCUCACAUAUUUCCUGUAUGCCGGGAACUGUUCGUCGAUGGAAUUAUCCUUCCCCCUUGUGCAUUGCUACCUGUGGAGGGACACUGACUAGCAUGAGUGGAGUGAUCCUGAGCCCAGGGUUCCCAGGCUCAUACCCCAACAACUUGGACUGCACCUGGAAGAUAUCACUGCCCAUUGGCUAUGGUGCGCAUAUCCAGUUUAUGAAUUUCUCAACUGAAGCCAAUCAUGACUAUCUGGAGAUCCAAAAUGGACCUUACCACAGCAGUCCAAUGAUGGGCCAGUUCAGUGGCCCUGACCUGCCUGCAUCACUGCUGAGCACUACACAUGAAACCCUCAUCCGCUUCUAUAGUGACCACUCACAGAACCGACAAGGAUUUAAACUCAGUUACCAAGCUUAUGAGUUACAGAACUGCCCAGACCCACCUACCUUCCAGAAUGGGUUCAUGAUCAACUCAGACUACAGCGUGGGCCAGUCCAUCUCCUUCGAGUGCUACCCAGGCUACAUUUUGCUGGGCCAUCCUGUGCUCACUUGCCAGCAUGGCACUGACAGGAACUGGAACUACCCUUUCCCACGGUGUGACGCUCCCUGUGGGUAUAAUGUGACAUCACAGAAUGGUACCAUUUAUUCCCCUGGGUUUCCGGAUGAGUACCCAAUUCUGAAGGAUUGCCUGUGGCUGGUCACUGUCCCUCCAGGACAUGGAGUGUACAUCAACUUCACCUUGCUGCAGACGGAAGCUGUAAACGACUACAUCGCUGUCUGGGAUGGUCCUGACCAGAACUCACCUCAGCUCGGAGUCUUCAGUGGAAACACUGCCCUCGAGACAGCAUAUAGCUCCACCAACCAGGUCCUGCUCAAAUUCCACAGUGAUUUCUCCAAUGGAGGCUUCUUUGUCCUCAAUUUUCAUGCAUUUCAGCUGAAACGGUGCCCACCUCCCCCAGCAGUGCCCCAGGCUGACCUGCUUACAGAAGAUGAAGACUUUGAAAUAGGGGACUUUGUGAAGUACCAGUGCCACCCAGGAUACACAUUGUCCGGGAGCGACACAUUGACAUGCAAACUCAGCUCACAGCUACAGUUCCAAGGCUCUCCACCCACCUGUGAAGCACAAUGUCCAGCAAAUGAAGUACGAACAGAAUCUUCCGGAGUGAUCCUCAGUCCGGGGUAUCCAGGCAACUAUUUUAAUUCCCAGACAUGUGCUUGGAGUAUUAAAGUGGAGCCAAACUUUAACAUUACUCUCUUUGUGGACACAUUUCAAAGUGAAAAGCAAUUUGAUGCAUUGGAAGUAUUUGAUGGUUCUUCUGGGCAAAGUCCUCUGUUAGUGGUCUUAAGUGGGAACCACACGGAACAAUCCAAUUUUACCAGCAGAAGUAACCAUCUAUACCUUCGCUGGUCUACGGACCAUGCAACCACCAAGAAAGGAUUCAAGAUCCGCUAUGCAGCUCCUUACUGCAGCCUUACCUCUACACUGAAGAAUGGUGGCAUUUUAAACAAAACCACGGGGGCAGUGGGGAGCAAGGUACAUUACUUCUGCAAGCCUGGAUAUCGAAUGAUUGGCCACAGCAAUGCCACCUGCCGGCGGAACCCAGGGGGCGUGUACCGGUGGGACUCGAUUGCACCACUUUGCCAGGCUGUGUCCUGUGGAAUUCCAGAGGCUCCGGGAAAUGGCUCAUUCAUGGGCAAUGAGUUCACCUUGGACAGUAAAGUGACAUAUGAAUGUAAUGAAGGCUUCAAGCUGGAUGCCAGUCAGCAAGCCACUGCUGUGUGUCAAGAGGAUGGCCUGUGGAGCAACAGAGGGAAGCCACCCACAUGCAAACCGGUGCCCUGCCCUAGCAUCGAAGGCCAGCUGUCAGAGCACGUGCUCUGGAGGCUGGUUUCGGGGUCACUGAACGAAUAUGGAGCUCAAGUUCUUCUCAGCUGCAGCCCUGGCUACUUCUUGCAGGGUCAGAGGCUCUUGCAGUGCCAAGCCAAUGGGACCUGGAACACAGAGGAAGACAGACCCAGAUGCAAAGUCAUCUCCUGUGGAAGCCUGUCCUUUCCCCCAAAUGGUAACAAGAUAGGGACACUCACUGUGUAUGGAGCCACCGCCAUAUUCACCUGCAACACUGGCUAUACACUUGUGGGCUCCCAUGUCCGGGAGUGCCUGGCCAAUGGUCUCUGGAGUGGAUCUGAAACAAGGUGUCUGGCGGGCCAUUGUGGCUCUCCAGACCCCAUCGUGAAUGGCCAUAUCAGUGGUGAUGGCUUCAGCUACAGGGACACAGUGGUCUACCAGUGCAACCCUGGGUUCCGGCUCAUAGGCACUUCUGUGAGGAUUUGCCUGCAGGACCACAAGUGGUCAGGGCAGACCCCUGUUUGCGUCCCCAUCACAUGUGGACAUCCAGGAAAUCCUGCCCACGGGCUCACCAAUGGCAGCGAGUUCAACCUGAACGACCUUGUGAAUUUCACCUGCCACACGGGCUACCUGCUGCAGGGUGCUUCCAGGGCUCAAUGUCGGAGCAAUGGCCAGUGGAGUAGCUCCUUGCCUACCUGUCGAGUGGUAAACUGUUCGGAUCCUGGAUUUGUGGAAAAUGCAGUGCGCCAUGGGCAACAGAACUUUCCUGAGAGUUUCGAAUAUGGGAUGAGUGUGAUGUAUCACUGCAAGAAGGGGUUCUACCUGCUGGGGUCUUCUGCCCUGAGCUGUAUGGCAAAUGGCUUGUGGGAUCGCUCCUUACCCAAGUGUCUAGCUAUAUCAUGUGGGCAUCCUGGGGUCCCUGCUAAUGCUGUCCUAACUGGAGAAUUGUUUACAUAUGGAGCCACUGUUCAGUACUCUUGCAAAGGGGGCCAGAUCCUCACAGGCAAUAGCACAAGAGUCUGCCAAGAAGACAGUCACUGGAGUGGAACCCUUCCCCACUGCUCAGGAAAUAGUCCUGGAUUUUGUGGCGACCCAGGGACCCCUGCACAUGGGUCUCGUCUUGGGGAUGAGUUUAAGACAAAGAGUCUCCUGCGCUUCUCCUGUGAGAUGGGCCACCAGCUGCGGGGCUCUGCAGAGCGUACAUGCCUGGUGAAUGGGUCCUGGUCAGGGGUACAGCCUGUGUGCGAGGCCGUGUCCUGUGGAAACCCAGGCACCCCCACCAAUGGGAUGAUCCUGAGCAGUGAUGGCAUCCUUUUCUCCAGCUCAGUCAUCUACGCCUGCUGGGAAGGCUACAAAACCUCGGGGCUCAUGACUCGGCACUGCACAGCCAACGGGACAUGGACAGGCACAGCACCUGACUGUACAAUCAUCAGUUGUGGGGAUCCUGGCACGCUGCCCAAUGGCAUCCAGUUCGGGACAGACUUCACUUUCAAUAAGACUGUGAGCUAUCAGUGCAACCCCGGCUACCUGAUGGAACCCCCAGCAUCACCGACCAUCCGCUGCACCAAAGAUGGCACAUGGAAUCAGAGCAGGCCCAUCUGCAAAGCUGUCCUAUGCAAUCAGCCUCCUCCAGUGCCAAACGGGAAGGUGGAGGGAUCAGACUUCCACUGGGGUGCCAGCAUAAGCUACAGCUGUGUGGACGGCUACCAGCUCUCCCACUCGGCCAUCCUGUCCUGUGAAGGGCGUGGAGUUUGGAAAGGAGAAGUCCCUCAGUGCUUGCCUGUGUUCUGUGGUGAUCCCGGCACUCCUGCAGAGGGGCGGCUCAGUGGGAAAAGCUUCACCUUUAAGUCUGAGGUUUUCAUCCAAUGCAAACCCCCAUUCGUGUUAGUGGGUUCCUCCAGGAGAACCUGCCAGGCGGACGGAAUGUGGAGUGGAGUCCAGCCCACCUGUAUAGAUCCGGCACACACCGCUUGCCCAGACCCCGGCACUCCCCACUUUGGAAUACAGAAUAGCUCUAAAGGAUAUGAGGUUGGAAGCACCGUGUUCUUCAGAUGUAGGAAGGGUUACCAUAUCCAAGGCUCGACCACACGAACUUGCCUUGCAAACCUCACAUGGAGUGGGAUACAGACAGAAUGCAUACCCCAUGCCUGCCGGCAGCCAGAAACCCCAGCCCAUGCAGAUGUGAGAGCCAUCGAUCUUCCAGCUUUCGGCUACACUUUAGUCUACACCUGCCAUCCGGGAUUUUUCCUUGCUGGUGGAUCCGAACACAGGACAUGUAAAGCAGAUAUGAAAUGGACAGGGAAAUCACCUGUUUGUAAAAUUCCUUCUGAUGUGUUUUCCAUCAAUUCGGUGUGGAAGGGGUAUUACGAAUAUCUGGGGAAAAGACAGCCUGCGACCCUCACUGUGGACUGGUUCAAUGCAACCAGCAGCAAGGUGAAUGCGACCUUCACCACAUCCUCACAGGUGCAGCUGGAGCUGACAGGGGUCUACAAGAAGGAAGAGGCCCACCUACUUCUGAAAGCCUUUCAUAUCAAAGGCCCAGCAGAUAUUUUUGUAAGCAAGUUUGAAAAUGACAACUGGGGACUUGAUGGUUAUGUGUCCUCGGGACUUGAAAGAGGAGGAUUCUCCUUUCAGGGUGAUAUACAUGGAAAAGACUUUGGAAAGUUCAAGCUGGAAAGACAAGAUCCUUCCAACUCUGAUGCAGAGUCUUCAAAUCAUUACCAGGGCACCAGUAGCGGCUCUGUGGCAGCUGCGAUCCUUGUUCCCUUCUUUGCUCUAAUUUUAUCAGGGUUUGCAUUUUACCUCUACAAACACAGAACAAGACCAAAAGUUCAGUAUAAUGGCUAUGCUGGCCACGAGAACAGUAAUGGACAAGCUUCAUUUGAAAACCCCAUGUAUGAUACAAACUUAAAACCCACAGAGGCCAAGGCUGUGAGGUUUGACACGACUCUGAACACAGUGUGUACAGUGGUAUAGCCCUCAGUGCCCCCUAGGACCAAUUCAUAGCCAUACCUCUGAUGGACAAGCAGUAAAAUCCUUUGGUGCCAUAUACCACCUUCCCUUUUACUCUUGCCUUGCUGCAGCAACCUUGGCCAUCAUCUGCUGGCAUAACGCAGUGGAAAUUUCUUCUCAGUCAUGACCAAGUCUUUUGAGGAUCAACUUGCAAACACAUCUUCAUCUGGAAAGUGGAUUGUAAAAGCCUUGCUGCCUCCACCAGAAAUCAAGAUGCCAACCCCAGUGAGGGAAAAGAAGACCGUGGGGUCUGACAGACAGGUGGUACUUAAUGCCUCUGACUUUUGUGUCUCUGUGUGGCCAGGAUGCCUUUGGAUGUAGUCUUCUGAGCACAUGGAUACAUCCUUCAGGUGCAGCGACGAAAUGGUAGCAACUUGAUAUGUGUUUUGUGUUUCUCUUUUCUUUUCUAACCCUGCUCAUUGGAUGUGAGUUCUCUACAAAAGAAACACCUUCCUGGAGAAGACUCCUUCUGGAAAAUGUGUACGCAUACACUUGCUUCACUCUGCCCUGCCUGAGACAUGACAAGCAAGCUCUGAGGCUUUUUGGGCUCCCCUGGGCAUCCACCAAUCACGAGGGAUGUUCACAGAUCUCACAAGUCAGCUGUUCCAUCCCAGAAUUUUUGAUUCUCAACAUUUUGCACUAGUGUGUUAAGAAUGACUCAGUCUGAUUUUUAAACAAACUAUUUACACAGGGUUUAUAUACAUGAUACAUUGUACAUAAGCAUUUCCUCAUACUGUAUUGUCAAGCAAAAGAUGCCACCAUCAGUUAAGCUGGGUUUAAGGCAAAAUAUCCCCAGAUGCGGCACAGAAUUUGAAAAGGAGAUAGUACUCUGAAGAAGUUAUGUUGUUAUCUUAUCAUUUAGUUUCUGUUAGCCAGGUUUAUGUGUCAAAUUCAUUGCCAACUUCCUAUGGUUGACAUGAAGACUUUUCCUUCUCCCUUGUUUUCCCUCCUCACGGGCAUACAAGCAUUGUCUCUGCCACACUAAUCAACAAGGGGGUCUCCAGCAAUGUCUGUUUUCCAUGUACAGAUGUGAAUAGUAAUUUAUUUUAAGUAGCUCAUGAACUCCUGGGUCUCAGUUCACAGGGCAGUCUUUCCUUCUGGUUGUCUUUUUUCUCUGUUCUGUAGCAUCACCUUUCUGUGCUGCACUGAAAGUCUAUCUCACAGCCACACCCAAGCUCAGAGGAAAUCAAAGUCAAAAUCAGAAUCGGAAGGGCAAGCGUUGCUCGCACACCCUCAUGAUGAUCUGUUUUAUAGAUUAUUUGCCUUUCUUGCAAAAAAAAAAAAAAGAAUUCAUUGCAAUGAUUUUUCAAACCUAAAAUUCCUUAUUGAUAGACUAUCCAUUAUGGUAUAAAUAAAUAAAACAGGUGGCAUGGCCAACAAGGAUAAAAUAAACAGUCUAUAGAGAAGGCAGGGCCAGAGAAAUGUCUGUAAGAAAUUCAAAGAGAAGAUCAUGUUUAUUUUUAUUUAUAUUUGUUUGAUAAAAGUAUUUUUGGAAAGAUAAUGCUUAUUUUAUUAUUUGAUGUUUCAUGCACAGUCAACUUGGUAACAAUUUCCCCUUUGCACAUUCCAGAUUUGCACUGAUAGAUGGGUCAGGAUGUCAUGCUGAUGUUCUGUUUGCUAUGGUGACUACAUUCAUGCCUAGCUUUAAGACGGAAAUAUCUGUCUAUCUACAUGAUAAUUAAAUGCAGGACUUCUCAGAGGACCUCUGAGGAAAGGAGCCAACUAGGAUAUCAGCUUGCUGCUUUGGAAGGUCUGAAUUCUGGGUACUCCAGGGCUCCCUCCAGCCUGCCUUGUUGCAAGGGCUGUCUAUUGUAUGUCAGGGUUCCUGACCGCUUCUGGUGACACUCAGUCCACUGAGUUCCACGUUGCAAGAGUCUGUGUCCUAGGUGAAGGGGUAUUGGCACAGGUUCCUCUGGCCAAGCUGACAUCCUUGGGGUUCUUCUGUGUCCACAGAGGUUCAUUGGCUCCCUGGGAAAUUCAGAUGAUGUCAUCAAGAAUGUGCUCCUAACUACACAUUGAGCCAAAACAAAACAGAAAAUGUCAGAAGGUCCAAGGACUGUAGUGCACAAGGGAGAACAGGGUCACUAUAUAUAUAUAAAUAUAUAUAUUAGAUGUAUAUAGAAAAAUGCGCAC